AUGAAGAUUUACCUUCACAUAUUGCUAAAAAACGAUUUAGAUGUUUUCAAUAAACCUGCUGAGGAUGCUACAAAUGAAUAUGAUUCAGAAGUAUUUAAUAAACCUGCUGAUAAUAUUCAAGUUGAACAUUACGAUAAUGUACAUCAAGAUGAUUCAGAAGUAUUUAAUAAACCUGCUGAUGAUAUUACAAAUGAACAUGAAAAUAAUGCACAUGGAUAUGAUUCAGUUGUGCAUCCAGAUUCAAAAUCUAGUCGUUUACAUUUAUCAAUUCGAUAUGAUAAUGAACAAAGUAAAUUAAUUGUUAAAAUUCUUAGUGUUCAAGGUUUAAUAGAACCUGAACAAGUAUAUUCACCUGAAAUGUGUCUAAAAUUUACAUUAAUUGGACCGCAUAAUAAUGAAGAUGUUACAGAACAACAUAUAAGAGUUUUAGUAGAAAAUGCACCUAUUCCAUGGAAAGAACCAAUGACAUUUUGUACAACAUUUGAGAAUGCUACUAAACAUAAUUUAUACGUUUAUGCAACCAAUAAUACUGAUCCAGCAGCAUCACGAGAUCGAGAGAUGUCAAUUUCAUUGAAUAACCUUGACAGUCAAGGUGAAGAAAUCAACGAAUGGUAA